AUGUCACAAUCCAUGGAGAAGCCUAAUGGCAACGACACCUCGACCAAAGUCACUGAAACGGAGACAAAGGACCCAACUGGCACAGGAACUAGCGCGUCUGAUUACUUCCUCGAAUUCUAUCAAUGCGAAACUGGUCCCGAUGGAAGUACAUCGGAGAUGCCCAAAGCCCUGUUCAUUCAACAGAUGGGGGCUACUACAGAUCCGAGAACAGUGACACUUGGUGAGAUUAGAGCCAUGGUGAAGGAUCAGAAAGCGAUGAAAAAUGCGCAAAAUGCGCCGUUUUGCACAAAAAUUGGAUCAGAAGUCAAUGAUACAGUGAAACUCAGUGAUUAUUUUACAAUGAGUAAUAGUACAAACCAGUCAGAGGGCAAUAGUAUACCAUAUCCGGUUUAUCUGAAAACUAUCAAAGUCACAAGCACUGUUGAUCAGAACUUUCAAGAUUCCCUCAAAACGAACUUUAAUCAAGACCUCAAUAUGAAUAUGACUGUAUAG